AUCAAAAACCGGAAGCUGGAAAAUCUUAGAAUAUUUUUUCAGUCAGAUACAACUCUCUAAAUAAUGACAACCUGAUACUCAAGGUAUACAGCAAAACUCAAGCCUGGAUGAAAGUACCAAAAACCAGGAAUGAACUAACAGACUAAAGAUGUCAGUACUGAGGAAGUUAUGGCCAGCAUUGAAGUUUGGAACAGUCGCUGGAACACUGGGUGGCACGGUUACCUACCUACACAGUGUAGAGUGGGAUGUUGGAUCUAUUGGCUUGGUUCGCUUCGGAAGAGCAGCCUUUGUUAUUGGAAAAGUGGCUGUAGAUUAUAAACUUACACUCGGGAAAUUGGAUUCAAAUUCAGAUGAAUACAUGAAUGCAAAAUCUCAGGUUCAUCUAAGAUCUGCAGUCAAACUUCAUGAUUUAUGCUGUAAAAAUGGUGGUUGUUUCAUCAAAGUGGGUCAGCAUAUAGCAGCACUUGAGUACCUCCUCCCUAGUGAAUAUGUGACAACAUUGAAGGUUCUCCAUGACGACGCUCCUCAAUCUUCACUGGAGGAUCUCUCUAAGGUCAUCAGAGAGGACUUAGGGCAUGAUAUUUCUGAGAUUUUCACAUCGUUUGAUACUACGCCUAUAGGAGCAGCCUCAUUGGCCCAAGUUCACAGAGCUACACUAAAAGAUGGCACUGAAGUGGCAGUCAAAAUACAACAUCCGAAUCUCAAACGUCAUGCAUCUGUUGACAUGGCAACUAUGGAGGUAUUGGUGAAAGGUGUAGCUUGGUUGUUUCCAGAGUUUCAGUUUCUCUGGAUAUCUGAAGAAACAAAAAAAAAUCUACCACUAGAAAUGGACUUUCUUCAUGAAGGAGCAAACUGCGAAAGGGUUGCUAAAAUAUACAAAGAUUUCUCAUUCCUCAAGGUGCCAAAAAUCUACUGGGACCUUUCCACUGACCGAGUUCUAACCAUGGAGUACUGUGAGGGGGGUAAAGUUACAGACAAACAAUACAUGGAACAGCAUAAAAUUCCGGUGGAUCAGGUUACCAGGUGUCUUGGUAAGCUGUACAGUGAGAUGAUAUUUGUGGAGGGAUAUGUCCAUUGUGACCCACACCCUGGUAAUGUACUAGUCAACAAAACCAGCAGUGGGGACACAGAAAUUGUCCUCUUAGACCAUGGACUGUAUCAGUCACUCUCCGAUAAAUUCCGCCUUGACUACUGUGAGUUAUGGAUGUCUUUAAUAAAAGCUGAUACGGAGGCAAUAAAGUUAAAUGCUGAGAGGAUGGGCUGUGGAGAGAUGUAUCCCUUGUUUGCAUGUAUAAUCACAGCCAGAUCAUGGGACUCUGUCACCAAGGGGAUAGACAAGGCUCCUGCCACUGCUUCUGAGGACCAAGAAAUCCAGGAAAAUGCAGGAAACUACCUUUCUGAGAUAACAGGAAUAUUGAACAAUGUACCACGGCAACUUUUACUCAUUUUAAAAACGAAUGAUUUACUCCGUGGAAUAGAAUACGCUCUUGAAUCACGUGCUGACGCUAGUUCAUUUAUUGGGAUGUCUCGUUGUUGCGUACGUGCACUCACCCAGCACAAACUUGAAAAUGCCGAUAAUUUUACUUCGAGGUUUGGGAUUCGAGUGAAAGGACAAUGGAGUCUGUUUUCUCUGACUCUGUAUGAGGUUGCGAUGAGGGUAAAAAGUUCAUAUAUUUGGUUGCUGCUUGCAGGGUUAUUACGCAGACAGCCAUCUAUAACUGCAUCUUGAUGUUAAUCAAUUUUAGUCAAUUCAAAUAUCUCUGGGAUAUCUUUUAGUAAUAUGUAUUUAUUAAUCCAAAGAACCUGAUUUUAUAGUCUAUUAUAUAUUUACUCAGAUAUACAACAAUAAAUUAUAAAAUAAAACAGUAUGACUACAUGGAUGUUUUUUUUAUCUUACAUUAACAACCCCUCCCACCAAACUAGUUGAUAUUGUACAUGUGUAUAUAAAAAUAAGUUACUUCACAUCUGCACAAAAUAAGCUACCUUUGCUUAGAAUUGAGUUUAACUGACUAGCAAUUUAUAUAAGAGAUGAAUUUGAAUUCCAUCCUUUUGGCCAUGUCAUUCUUUAACUGCGCAUGUAGACCACUAAGUUUAAAGUAAUUAAUACAACUAUGUUAUGUUAGUCUCAGACAAUAAUCAAGAUGAUGAUCAUAGUCUAUCGAUCUAGUGCCCUGUCUCAAGAAAAUCUGGCUAAUUAAUUCUUCUGCCCCUUCAGCUAUCAAUCAUUAGAACUCAAUAUAAAUGAAUGGCUGAAACAUGUCAAGCCAAACUAUCAACCACCUCUUUACAAAUAGAUAUACUGAAAACAGUGUGAUUCAGGUUCUAGAUAAACCUCAAUUAAUUUGAGAAUUUUAUAUCAGUAGUAUGUGAAACAGGGGUUAUAUUAACUGUUAGAAAAUUAUUUGAAUGUGGUGAGGUAGUGCCACCUAU